GGUGCCUUUUUUCACUCUUGGUCCCACUCAGCGAUCUCUCGAUGAAGCGACAACUCCGCUGAUCACCAGGGCCUGUGCCAGAAGCCAAGAACUUGCAAUGGAAGGCCGUGCCAGCAACUUCAAGAAGGUCCUGGUGGACUUCGAGUCUCGCUUGCCCUCUGCAGACUUCGUGGCCAUCGACACGGAACUCACCGGAGUCGACUUGGAGGGAGAGAUGGAUUCCUUCGAUGAUACCGCGAUGGUGCGUUUGGAUCGCAACUGUCGCAUCGCGGAACGGUAUUCACUCAUUCAGCUUGGCCUGACUUUGGUGAGUCAAGAACGAACAGGCCGCGAGGAGAUUCUGAACUUCGUCAGCUACAACCUCUUUGCCUUCCCCUACGCUGGGAAUGACUUGAUUGGCAGGGACCAGGGCUUCUUCUGCCAGGCCUCGGCUUUGCAGUUCAACGCACAACACAAUGUGGAUUUCAACACUUGGAUUAAAGAUGGUAUUCCCUACAUGAGCAGAGAGGAUGAAAGGCGCUUCAAGAAGUAUUAUGCCAGAGCUGAAGAGAAGGCGGGUUUGCUUAAACUCUGGAAAUCUCUCUGUCAGCGGCAGCUUCCCUUCGUGGUCCACUGCCCUUUGGACCUCUUCUUCCUGCUGGCGACGUUCGAGCGCCGACCGUUGCCACGCAACGACCCUCGGGCCAUGGCGCAGAUGAUCAAACAGUGCACACCCAAGGUGAUCGAUACCGCGCACCUCCAUGGCGCUUUGGGCGGCUUCAAACGCCUGGCCUUGACCAAAUUCGCGGAGGAUGCCAAGGCCAGAUAUGAAGAGAUGGCCAGCAAUGGCAGUGUGACGCCUCUGAAAUUUCGCCUGGUAGGUGAGACCAACAGUCGCUAUGGUUCCAAGAAUGACAUGGCUCAUGAGGCGGGCUUCGAUUCCUUAGUCACGGCGCAACUCUACGCCUACUUGCGGGAAAUCUCCCCGGCCCAGGUAAAGGAGGGAGCGAAUCGCCUCUUUCUGUACAAGAGUAUAGAGUACUUGGACUUGGAGCGUGCAGCGAUGGAGGGUGAGGUUGGCGCGUGCAUGUUCGACCUUAGUCGAGUUACGCUGCUGGUGGCCGCUUUGGAUCCGACGGAAGGCAGUGAUGCGCCGAGGUUGAUCGGCAAUGCCGGGCAUCUCUGCAAAUGGAUUGAUGCCUUACACGUUCUCGUGGUCAUGAGGGCCUCGGGCGGCGCUGCGGUGCGCAAGGCGGUGGAGUUGGCGAAGAAGGUGCACGGCGUGGUUUCCUGGAUGGGCUUCGACGAAUGGCGCGAGGGCGAGGCUCAGAAGGCUCAGGUGGCCUCUGAAGUUCCUGACGCCAGUUCCGAUGCUGCGAUGACCGGUGCGAACGGCUGCAAGGACACGCCCGCAGCGUCCAGUGAGAGCAAUCGGUCGCCAUCUGCGAAGUUCUUCCACUCCGGGCACUUCGCGCUAUCGAGGUCAAGGGCAAAGCUGCUGGCGGUGGGAGCAGGAAUGAUGUUCAUCUUGCUAUGUGCAGUGCGUGCUGAGCUGGGCUCCGGAAUCUCGAGGCUCCUGAAAAGAUUGAGAAGACCUGUGAGUUAGCGUCUUUGAUGGUAAUCCUGUAAAGUUCGAUUUUUCAGGGAUGAUUCUCUAGUCUGAUAGUCUGC